AGCUGUUAAAUUUUUUUUAAUCCCUAGACGCAUUUCAAGGAAAAAACCAAAAAAUCCCUAGAUGCAACCCUGCUGGGAGAGAAGAUGAAAACAAUGGCUUCCUGUCUCACAAGCCCCAAGCUCUCCUCUCUCUCUUCCCCAACUCUUCAGACCCUCUUCUGCAAAAAGCCCACCCUUUCUCGCUCAAUCGCUUCCUCUUUUGUUUCUCUUCCCAAAACCCUAUUUUCUCUCUCACACCAUGCCUCUGACUACCAUCAUCGCUGCACCUUCACCGUCCGUUCUCAGUCUGAAAAUGGAACCGAUGCUUCCCGCCACUACGACUUCGACCUUUUCACUAUUGGUGCGGGCAGUGGCGGUGUCCGUGCCUCUCGCUUUGCUGCCAAUUUCGGCGCUUCAGUCGCUAUCUGCGAGCUCCCUUUCGCCACCAUCUCGUCCGACACUACCGGAGGAGUCGGCGGAACCUGUGUACUACGUGGAUGUGUGCCGAAGAAGUUGCUUGUCUACUCAUCAAAAUAUGGUCAUGAAUUUGAAGAAAGUAAUGGAUUUGGUUGGAGAUAUGAUAGUGAACCAAACCAUGACUGG